AUGUCUUCUACCGACCAGACCAUCGUUCUCAUCACCGGCGCAAACGGCGGCAUCGGUUUCUCCCUCGCCACCCAACUCCUCGAAAACGCCAAAUACCUGAUCCUCCUCGGCAGUCGCUCCGCUGAGAAAGGCGCAGCCGCUGUGAAACAGCUCCAGGAGAAGAGUUUGCCUGGAAAAGUGGAGUUGCUGCAGAUCGAUGUGAGCGACGAGGCGAGUAUCUUGAAAGCGAAGGAUGUGGUCGAGGGGAAGUAUGGUCGCAUCGACGCCCUCGUAAACAACGCCGCCAUAACCGGCGAAGCACCCGCCUCCUCCUCUCUCGCCACGCGCAUGACAUCCGCCUUCCUAACCAACGCCACGGGCCCAGCCGUCAUCGUAGAAACGUUCGCUCCCCUCCUCGCGAAAAGCGCGGAGAUGGGGAAGACGCCGCGGAUCCUGAAUGUGUCGAGUGGAGCCGGGAGUAUUGGGCUCAGGAGUGAUAGGACGAAUCCGCAUCAGGCUAUGAAAAAUGACUAUGAGUAUGGGCCCAAGGGGUGGAAGAACAAACCGGAGCAUGGGGCUAAGCCUACGAGUGAGGGCGCGAAACCCAUGGUUGCUAUCUUGGAGGGAGAACGAGAUGAGGAGUGUGGAGGGUUCUUGAAGGCGGAGGGUGGUUGGCCUUGGUAG